AGCCGCAGUGCGGGGAUUUGAAUACAUCUUCCAACGUAUUGUAUGUCAAUAUGUCGCGUUCACGCCAUGGUCCUGACUCCCCGGUCGUGGACGACCCACACAAAUCAAAAGAAGGCAGCGGAAGUCGCAAAAAGCGAUGGUCGUUUGCGUUUCGGAGACGCUGGUUUUCAACAUCUUCACGAGAUUCUAAAGAUAAUCUCGGCUCGCCAAGUGAUAGACCGACGUCACCGACGGAGACGUGCAGUGCAGCUGGUGUACUGAUGUCACCCCGCCAGACAACGCUCGGCUCAACAUGGCAUUCAGACGCUCCAUCAUCCUCCUGUACCGAUCGACCAGACACUGGAAGUUCGGGUAGCGUUAUCAAGAGAAAAUCGUUGAGGCGAAUUUUCGGUAGUUCGAAUCCAUCGAAGGACCAUCACCAUCAUCAUCAUUCGUCAUCGAGCCCCACGAGAAGGAAGAGAUUGAGCGAAGAAGUCCCUCGUUCGGUGCUAUCUGGCUGUGACGCUAAUUCGACGAUUCCCAGUGCCUGCACUGCUGCCGCUCAGGACACAGUAUUGGACGGAGUUCUUUCGCUUGAAGCGGAAUCUAAUUGCACUGCUUCCGUAGACGAAGGCCUGCCGCCUCCCAUGGAUGAGAUUACACUGAAUAAUUCGCACAUGAAUGAGGAGGCGACACAAGAAACGAACAUGGCAGAAAUGAGGGAUAGUGUAGAGGAGGAAGCAACUCCAGAAAAGCAGGAAAAAACCCCAGAAGAGAUGGCUCGUCUCAAACGACAUUACGUGCUCAUGGAAUUGGUGGAGACUGAGAAAGAUUACGUCAGAGAUCUUGCUUCUGUCGUCGAAGGUUACAUUGCAAAUCUAGAAAAAAUGAAUCUACCCGAUGAUCUUGUUGGGAAAGACAAAAUUAUAUUCGCUAACAUAGCGCAAAUACUUGAAUUUCAUAAGAACAUUUUCUUGAAGGAGAUCGAAAAGUGCCUUGAUAAUUACGAAGUUGCCGGAAGUGCCUUUGUCAAAUAUAAAGGAAGACUGGAGACUAUGUACGUUCGAUAUUGCCAAAAUAAGCCAAAAUCGGAUUAUCUCGUGUCUCAGGAGGAUUUUGAACAGUUCUUCGCCGAGACGAAAGCGAAAUUAGGUCAUAAAGUAGCGUUGAGCGAUUUACUUAUAAAGCCGGUACAGCGUAUUAUGAAGUACCAACUACUGCUGAAGGAUAUUUUGAAAUUUACCGAAAGAGCCAAGGACAAAACGGAGAUACUAAAAAAGGCACUUGCGGUUAUGCAUGUUGUGCCGAAAGCAUGUGAUGAUAUGAUGCAAGUUGGUAGACUACAGAACUUUGAUGGAAAUCUCAACGCGCAAGGGAAGCUUAUCUUCCAAGGCACACUUCCUAUAUCUGAUAGUCAAGGCGGAACAUCGCAGAAGUCGAAAGACCGUCGAAUCUUCUUAUUUGAGCAGUCUGUCAUCAUUGCGGAUCAUAUACCACCCAAAAAAGAGUUCGGAAAUCCUAUCUACAUUUUUAAGAACCAGAUUAUGGUAAACAAAAUGCUUUUCGAACCCUCUGUGGCAGAUGAUCCUUUAAAGUUCAUCAUUCGCAGUUCGGAUCCAGCACAACCGACGUCGUUCAUUGCCACUGCUCAAACCCAGGAUGAAAAGAAUGAAUGGGUACGUUACAUUAGCGAACAGCUCGACCAGCAAAAACGUAUGCUAGCCGCACUGGUGGAUCCGCGACGAUUUAUGGGAGGAGCAACGGACGAUUUGAGUGGGGCUAUGUCAGGAUUGGGAAUGGGUGCUGAUGGAAAGAAGUCGCCUUCCACGACGGGUGCAGGAGCUGCCACCACAGGGACGUCCCGAUUUGGAUCGAGCACGUCAAAAUCCACGCAUCAGAAGCCAGAAUCGCCAAAGAAAGAGAGCAAAGGGAAGCUGUUCGGAUUCGGGAAGAAAGCGUCGGCUAAGUCACCCACAUCUCCGCCACCGAGUUCACGAUUUCUACAGCCGCUGCUCGGGGUCGCAAGCUGCGAGUACCAUGCCUUGCGAAAAGGCGAAUUAGAUUUGCACGUCGGAGAGAAGGUCGAAAUUCUCGACGUGAGCUUUGGAGUUUCUCAUGUACUGAAAAAUGAUGGAACGUGUGGAAACGUGCCGAGCUAUUUUUUGGAGCUGCGGGAUAUUCCUGGCAACACUUUGGCGGAACAAAUCAGUUAUCGUCGAAUGUGGCACGCGCUGGUGGAUGAGCUUGUGCCUAUACUACCUCCCUUUUCACCGCUCACGGGUCAACGCUCGCACUCAGAACAAUUUCCUCUGAUCCUGGACGAGCGACCACAGUUUGUUCUUCCGCUCGCAGACGUAACCAUUUGUGAAGGAGAAGAUUUGGUCCUAAGGAGCAAGAUUAGUUCCGCCUCGCCUUAUACGGUUACAUGGCGAGGAACAGCUGUACAAAGCGGGAGAGCUCAAAUUGAGCAUGAUGCCGAUUCUACGUCCAUGAGGAUAUCCAAGAUCGCUGCACUAGAAUGUGGGCCCUAUUCUGUGAUUGCUGAAAAUGAAAACGGUUCAUCUUCAACACUUGCCGUUGUCAAAGUCAUAGCCCGCCCAGAUGCUCCGACUGCGGUAGUUUGUGAACGAGUUGGAAGGAAUGCUCUCCUCCUUAGCUGGAGCCCUGCAACAAGAUCUGACAUUCUCUUCUGUGUAGAAUACAAAAGCGAAGAUAUGUCGUAUUUUCGUUGUGCUGCUUCCGCACUGCGAUCUACUACAAUCUCACUACGUCACUUCCGCUCCAUUAGAUAUCGGAUCCGGAUAUUUGCUUACAACCUCUGUUGCCGCAGCAAACCAAGCAAAGAAGUCGAAGUGGACUUUAGAAGCGAAGUCAGCCUCAUUGAAAAUGCGUCGGACUUAAGAGAUUCUAUCGAGCUUGGGGAGGUACUGGGUCGGGGACGAUUUUCCACAGUUUAUGAAGCAACGCACAUAAAAACGCAACGUACUGUAGUGGUAAAGAUGCUUAUCGAAGGAAGAGAUAAAGCAGACACUGAAAGAGAGGUUGCAAUACUUUCGAUGCUACAUCAUGCGCACAUGCCUCGACUCAAAGGCAUUUUUGUAUCGGACGGUCGCUACUGCAUAGCUAUGAAAAGGAUGGCUGGGAUCCCGAUCUCCACAUACGUUGAAGAUUACGUGCACGCAGAUGAGGUGGGCAGAAAUCCUGAAGAGCUCAUGCGUCGCCUUUCCAUGGAUAUCCUAUCUGCACUUUCAUAUCUGCACGGAAGGAGCAUUGUGCACCUGGAUGUCAAACCGGCAAAUUUGCUAGUUUCUGAAUGGGUUUCACUGAUAGAUUUUGGUUGCGCGAGGUUUGUGGAGGCUGCUGAUUUGGACUGGGGAGACGGCGACAAGAGCUACUCAGCUCCAGAGCGGAUAGCGGGGAAACGUCCAUCAACAAAAUCGGAUAUCUGGUCAUUUGGAGCGGUACUGUUUGAGACGUGCUUUGAUGCUGCUCCACACACAAUGCUCGCUGCACUAGCUUUGAACGCGGAGCAGAGGUCACCAGCGUUGAUCUCCUUUCUCAACGAGGUGCUCGCAUUUGAUGCGGCACGACGCCCGUCGGCAGAAAUGUGCAUGCAAAACCAAUGGUUUGGGGCCUGUAAUCAGCUCCAAGUACCUCACGAAAAACGGGAAUUCAGGUCAAGAAGUGCCAGUUUUGAAGGCUGA